UGUGUCCAUGUCAUCUCUUGAGUAAGAGUAGUGGUGGCUUUUAGCAGUUUAAAGGCGGCGAGGCAGUCCUUUGCUUUACUUUUAACACUUUGCUACCCCUUUGUAGAAAGCCAGAGUUAGUUACUCUGUUCUUUCUUUUCCUACAGGUCCACGACAGGGAGUGAAGCGCCUGCCACACCUAAGGAUUAGCAUCUAUAAGAUAUUUCUAUGAAUGAGAAAUUGGUAGAAUGGCAGUGAACAGCAGAAGUUCUGACUUUGUGGCACUUGGCAAUGGCAACAUCAUAUCCAAAGCCCAUUCUUCAAGUCAACCAACCACAUGUGAUGGAAGCCUGCAGUGCCCUUCCUCAGAGGAACCCAGAGUUAAAGUGAGUCACAAUGGAUGCCUUUCACACAAUGGUACAGCCAAGCCUUGCUCUCUGUUUUCAGACAACCAAAGAACUCCUCCAGUUUCCCAGUGCUGUCAACCCUGCUCAUAUCAUCAUCCGUUAAACAACCAUAACCACCAGCAAGAUUGUAUUUCGCGGUCUGGUGGGACAGGGUGUAACGCACAGAGUGCUGGCUGCUUGCAGACGCAUGCAGAGUUUUCUACAACCUCAAACUGUCAAAACCAUCCACCCAUGUAUCACCCUGCCUGCUGUAUGCAGCCUUCCCAGUCAUUAUGCCUUCAUCACUGGCGCGAUCAUUUUCACCAUCAGCAAGUACCGCAUCACUUAGUUAACUUAAGGACUACCAAACCAUUCCAGUUACCCAAAAGCUAUUCUGCAUUAAUAGCAGAUUGGCCCAUAGUAGUUCUGGGCUUGUGCACAGUUCUGAUAGUGAUCUGCGCCCUGGUUGGAAUUUUAGUGCCUGAUCUUCCAGACUUCUCCGAUCCACUUCUGGGUUUUGAGCCCAGAGGAACCGCAAUAGGACAGAGGUUGGUGACAUGGAACAACAUGGUCAAAAACACUGGAUACAAAGCAACAUUGGCCAACUAUCCAUUUAAAUAUGCAGAUGAGCAGGCAAAAAAUCACCAAGACGACAGGUGGUCUGAAGACCGUUAUGAACGGGAGAAGAGAGAAGCAGACUGGAACUUCCAUAAGGACAGCUUCUUCUGUGCGGUCCCAAAUGACCAUUACUCUCGAGUAGUAUUUUCCUCUGUGAAUGGGGAAAGUCUCUGGAAUUUGAAAUCAAUUAAGUCAAUGUGCAAUAUAGAUAAUACAAAAAUAAGAUCCCAUCCACAGUUUGGUGACCUUUGCCAGCGGACCACUGCUGAUUCCUGUUGCCCGAGCUGGACACUAGGCAACUACAUUGCUAUUCUUAACAACAGAUCAUCAUGUCAGAAGAUAGUGGAACGUGAUGUUUCUCAUACACUAAAACUAAUUCGCACAUGUACCAAAUACUACCAUAAUGGAACAUUGGGACCAGAUUGCUGGGAUAUGGCAACCAAGAGAAAGGACCAGCUUAAAUGUACAAAUGUGCCUCGUAAAUGUACAAAGUUCAAUGCAGUUUACCAGAUUCUUCACUACUUAGUAGAUAAAGACUUUUUAAGCCCAAAGAUAGUUGACAAUGUGAUGCCAGCUUUAAAGCAUAGUAUGCUUUUUUCCCCGACAGAAAAAGGAGAAUCCAUGAUGAACAUUUAUCUUGACAACUUUGAGAAUUGGAAUUGUUCUGAUGGUAUAACUACCAUCACAGGAAUUGAGUUUGGAAUCAAACAUAGCUUAUUUCAAGAUUAUCUUUUAAUGGAUACUGUGUAUCCGGCUAUUGCUAUCUUAAUUGUUCUGUUGGUCAUGUGCAUAUAUACUAGGUCAAUGUUUAUUACGCUGAUGACCAUGUUUGCCAUAAUCAGUUCACUGAUAGUUUCUUAUUUUCUCUAUCGUGUAGUAUUUAAUUUCGAAUUCUUCCCCUUCAUGAACCUCACUGCACUAAUAAUUCUUGUUGGAAUUGGAGCAGAUGAUGCUUUUGUCUUAUGUGAUGUCUGGAACUACACAAAGUUUGACAAGCCUCAUGCAGAAACGUGCGAAACCGUAAGCAUCACUCUGCAACAUGCUGCUCUUUCUAUGUUUGUUACCAGCUUUACUACCGCAGCUGCCUUUUAUGCAAAUUAUGUCAGCAAUAUUACCGCAAUCAGAUGUUUUGGUAUUUAUGCUGGCACAGCCAUAUUGGUGAAUUAUGUAUUAAUGGUGACCUGGCUACCUGCUGUGGUUGUACUCCAUGAACGAUAUCUUCUUAACAUAUUUAGUUGCUUCACACUCACCCAACAAAGACCAUACAAUAAGAGAAGCUGCUGGAAUGUAAUGUGCCAGAUGAUACAGAAGCUUCUUUUUGCAUUUUCAGAGGCUUCAAGGAUAUUCUUUGAAAAGGUAUUGCCAUGUAUAGUCAUCAAAUUUAGAUAUGUUUGGGUGUUCUGGUUUCUUGCUAUAACAAUUGGCGGUGCAUAUAUUGUUUGUGUUAACCCAAAGAUGAAACUACCGUCACUGGAGCUUUCAGAGUUUCAGGUGUUCAGGUCUUCUCACCCGUUCGAACGAUAUGAUGCAGAAUAUAAAAAGAUUUUCAUGUUUGAGCGUGUUCAUCAUGGGGAAGAGCUCCAUAUGCCUAUAACAAUAAUUUGGGGUGUUACUCCAGAGGACAAUGGGGAUCCACUUAAUCCUAAAAGCAAAGGAAAGCUAAAGUUGGACAGUAGUUUUAAUAUUGCAAGUCCAGCAUCACAACUGUGGAUUCUGCAGUUCUGCCAAAAGUUGAAAAACCAAACCUUUUUCUAUCAAACAAAUGAUCAGGAUUUCACUAGCUGUUUUAUUGAGACUUUUAAACAGUGGAUGGAAAAUCAAGACUGCGAUGAACCUGCAAUCUACCCGUGUUGCAGCCAGUCAGGCUUUCCAUAUAAACAAGAAGUUUUUGAGCUCUGUAUUAAAAGAGCUAUCAUGGAGCUUGAAAGAAGCACUGGCUAUCAUUUAGACAGCAAAACCCCAGGUCCAAGAUUUGACAUAAAUGAUACCAUCAGAGCUGUUGUGCUAGAAUUUCAAAGUACUUACCUUUUUACGUUGGCUUACGAGAAAAUGCAUCAAUUCCACAAUGAGGUUGAUGCUUGGAUUACAAAUGAACUUCAGUUUGCUCCAGAAGGACUCAGCAAUGGAUGGUUUGUAAGCAACUUGGAAUUUUAUGACCUACAAGACAGCCUUUCCGAUGGAACACUGAUUGCAAUGGGAUUGUCUGUUGCUGUUGCCUUUAGUGUAAUGCUCCUUACAACAUGGAACAUAAUUAUAAGUCUCUAUGCUAUUCUUUCUAUAGCUGGCACCAUUUUUGUUACAGUUGGCUCUCUGGUGCUCCUUGGAUGGGAAUUAAAUGUGUUGGAAUCUGUCACCAUAUCAGUUGCUGUGGGGCUGUCUGUGGACUUUGCUGUACAUUAUGGCGUUGCAUAUCGUCUUGCUCCAGACCCGGACAGAGAAGGAAAAGUGGUCUUCUCUCUAAGUCGUAUGGGCUCCGCUAUUGCAAUGGCUGCCUUGACCACCUUUGUGGCUGGAGCAAUGAUGAUGCCCUCAACAGUUCUAGCUUACACUCAGCUAGGUACUUUCAUGAUGCUAAUUAUGUGUAUUAGUUGGGCUUUUGCUACUUUCUUUUUUCAGUGUAUGUGUCGAUGUUUUGGUCCCCAAGGAACUUUUGGUCAGAUACCGUUGCCAAAAAAAUUACAAUUUAAAGCCUUUUCACAAGCUUUAUCUUCUGACAAUACAGAAAGAGGACAGAACAAAAUAAACCAUACCAAUAAAUAUCAGUUAGACCCAAGAAGUACAAAAACCGACAUUGAGCAUGAACAUUAUGAACUGGAGCCUUUAGCAUCACACAAUUGUAGCACCACUUAAUGGUGCUUAUGAAUAUGUAUGUGUAUGUAUGCGUGUGUAUGUAUGUGUGUGUGUGUAUAAUAUAAAAAAUAUAUAUAUAAUUUCCAUUUUGUUUUAAUCCAAAAUGCACCGAAAAUCAUGCAUUUAGCAUGCUGCACUGCACUGACUAAGGGAACCAUUGCAUCUGUGUCAAAAUCCAAAGCCACCUAUGGACCAACAGAUAUGUCCAUUUUUAAUAUAUCAAACUGACAAUAUAUUUGCACAAAAAUAUAAAACAAAAGCUUACAGUGCCAAAUUAUCACUUAAAAAAAUAUUGUGUCUUCUGUAUUUUAAAUGUAAUUGCUUGCGCACCCAAACUGCCAUGGUAGCUGCAAAAUUCUGUGUAGCAGCCCUCCAAAAACUGCUCUGAAUACAAUACAGCUAUGCAGCUGUAUCUUGCGGCUGCUCUUUAAUCAGUGCACCAGUUCCUUAAAUAAAUAAAAUAACUUCUAGACAGCACAAAUAAUUUGCCUUUUUUUUAAUUUUAUUUUUUAAGUCCUGAUGCCAAGAAUUUUCACCUUUACAACAAAGGGAAUUAAACGGUAUCUAAGCGAAUAAUUAGGUGUAUACAAAACUGUGUGAAUGAAACAAAAAGCACUUCUUAAGAUAUUGAUCACUCUGAAACGUUAUUUGAAUGUUCGUUAUAUAAACCAAAUUAUUAAUAGUUUGACACUAAACUGUUCAGUAAAAAAAAAGCUGCUCACAAUAAAAGUGACAUCACUAUAAUGGUUAAGUGCAAUUUAUUUUAUUGUCCUAUGCCAAACUUUGAUGCCAAUGUGCCUGCUGUGUGAUGAGAUGUAGUAGUGUCAAGUGAAGGUUUAUGUUAUGUUAAUAAAAUUACAUAGAGCA